AGUGGCGCUUCCUCCAAGUGAUAUGACGAACGUCUGCCCCGUCUGUAUGCACUGAGACAGGGAUGGAACUGAAUGCAACAUCACCACCGGUGCAGCACUUUGAAACACAAGAGGUCCAGGUCUACAAACUAGUGUUACUUGGGAGCAGCGAUGUGGGAAAAUCCUGUAUGGUAAUCCGAUACGUUAAAGAUCAAUUCCAGAACACUGUCCCUACCACAGGAUGUGCCUUUUUCACGCAGAAUAUUAAUAUCAUGGGCAAGCCCUUGGAAUUUGCCAUCUGGGACACUGCCGGACAAGAGAGAUACCACAGUGUUUGCCACUUGUACUAUCGCGGAGCCAGCGCGGCCAUGUUGGUAUAUGAUAUCACUCGCAAGGAGACUUUCAGCAGAGCUCAGCUUUGGCUGCAAGAGCUGGAAAGAUAUUUUCCUGAUGGGGAACUGGUAACAGUUCUGGUAGGAAACAAGAGUGACCUCCAGGCUGAGAGGAACGUCCCACAAGAGGAGGGACGGGCCCUUGCUGACAGUAAAGGGCUCCUGUUCAUGGAAGCCUCAGCGAAGACUGGGGACAAUGUGUGCGAGGCAUUUGAAGCUUUGGGUUAUGAACUUCUAUCUCGAGAAUCCAAAAGACAAGAAAGAGAGCGCAAGAGAAGCACGGACAUUACCAUACGGGGGCAGAGAAACAUGUCUUAUGAAGGGAGGAACUGCUGCAAAUCCUAGAAGAAGCCCUUAGCAUAAGCACUGGUACUGCAGAUGCUAAGGAAGUCAGCAACACGCAUGUUCAGCACGUGCCCAUGGGCAUCUGUAGCAGGCUUGGCAUCAGUAAGUUUGGGCUCCAUCUCCCCAGAAGAAAAGUAGACUGGGGUAAGAGGAACAAAGGUCUGCUGCAUGAAAAAUAUGCCCUGUGUUGAUAAGCACAUUGUGUAGCGAAGAAAUAAAUAUUCUGCAUUGUACAAA